AUGACGGACCUUUUCUUCGAGAGGGCCUUUGCGCUCGCUGCGACAGCCAAGUCUCGUUCCCAGAGCUUCCUGGCCACUGUUCAGAGUCGCGAAGAAUUGGCAUGGAUCGAAGAUGUAUCCCAGUUCGCCGAGUCGGGCUAUCCUCAAAUCUUCAUCCUCGCCGUCUCAGUUCUAUGGACCGUCACACGCCUUUUCCACCGCCGCGCAAAGCCCUCGUCACCCGAGUAUCGCGCCGCCGCCAUCAAAUGGCCUUGGGAGCUAUGCGCCCAGCUUUUCCACGCCUCGGCGCUGGCGUUCCUCGCGCUUGCUGGUGCCAGGGGACAGACGCCCCGGCUUAACGUUCUCGUUGUUGGGUACGCCUUCUUGCUUGGUCUCCUGAGACUCAUCAACGACUUGCACUGGCGCCAUAUUGCGCUGCACCAGGUCAACUUCGUUCUAUCGACCGAGCUUAUCAUCUUGGCCGCGGCAUCUGCCCUUCCGUGCAUCGAGGCCGCGACGGAAUGCGCGAUCGCCACGCCUGUGAGAGGAGGACUUGCAAGUCUGGCCGUAGCUGCCGUCAUUGCCAUUUCCACCCCAAGAGAAUGGGUGCCCCCGGCCCUCAAGUACGAUAUCCCGGAAGGCUACGAGACCAACGAACCUGCGCCGGAGGAGACUUGUAGCUGGGCCAACUACUACAUGACAUUCGAAUGGCUGACCCCGUUGGUGUGGAAAGGCACCCGUAGAGAGAUCACCGUGGAUGACCUUCCACGACUGCCCUGGUACGACGAGCCGCUUCUUCUACUCGAAAAGAUCAAGGAAGCUCGCGUCAAAGGUAAGACGACGAUUCGGACGCUCUUUUUGCUGCUGCGAAAAGAGAUCACUCUCAUGUCGUGCUACAUCAGCACGGCGUAUGCUGCUGAGUUGAUCUCCCCUUACGCCCUAUAUCAGCUGCUCUCUUAUCUUGCCGACCCUCAAGGCUCCAUCAUCCGCCCCUGGGUAUGGCUCUUUCUCAUGUUCACCGGGCCGCUUUCUCGCUCGGUACUCUUCCAGCAGUACGUCUUCACAUCGACUCGUCUGGUCGUACGUCUGAGAUCCGCCUUGACCCAAGAGCUUUACCACCGCGCCAUUACUUCCAUGGAACUUGAGGACGAUAUUUUCGCGCCGAAGGGAGAGGACGAGAAGAAGAAAGAUGGAGAGACUCGGCGAUCGACUCCCGCUGGACGUUUAGCCAACUUGAUGGCUGCAGACGUACAAGCAAUUUUCGGAGCCCGAGAUAUCAUCAUGGUUUCAAUGGGUGUCUCUACGGGAACCGUAAUUGGUUUUGUGGGACUGUACAGAAUGCUGGGGUGGCCCGCUCUCGUCGGUUCGGCCAUCCUGCUGUUCGCCGCGCCCAUGACUAUCGUCGUUGCCCGGCUGAUGGCUUUGGCCACCCGGAAAGCUAGGAGAGCCCAGGAUUCCCGAAUCUCGCUAGUGUCUGAAUAUUUGGCGUCGAUCCGAGCCGUCAAGUACUUUGCAUGGGAGGACGCCAUCAUCAAAACGAUCGAGGAAACCCGAGGAAACGAACAGCGUGACCUAUGGCGUGUAUCGCUUAUCUACGUCACUCUUAAUCAGAUCACUGCCCUCAUGCCCUACAUCGCAAUGAUCACGAUGUUCACGCUCUACGUGGGAGUUCUGGGACAGCCUCUGACGGCCGCCACCGCUUUCACCACAACUUUCCUUGUCAAGACUAUCCGCCGCAACGUAACACAGCUGGGUUUUAUGUCGAGGAAUAUCACCAACGCCAUGAUCGCCAUUGGACGUCUAGAUAAGUACUUUGAAACUACUACGCCGUUGGAACAGUACCCGGAAGGCAUACUCCAGAUUCAGGGAGCGACGUUCAGGAGGCACAAGACUGCCACAUUUCUUCUCAAGGACAUCUCCAUUGACUUCGUUGAGGGCGGCCUCAACGUCGUUUCUGGUGUCAGCGGAAGUGGCAAGACAACUUUGCUCCUGGCAAUCCUUGGAGAAACUGUGAAGGAGAGCGGCUCGAUCACGCGGCCUAAGGAUGUUGCAUUCGCUUCCCAAACCUCGUGGUUACAAAACGACACCAUCAAGGAGAACAUCCUCUUCAACAGCACUUACGAAAAAGUGCGCUACGACAACGUCAUCAACGCUUGCUGCUUGCCAGUAGACCUAAGGGAACUGGAACACGGAGAGCAGACUGUCGUAGGCGAGAACGGAUCCUCACUCUCUGGAGGCCAAAAGGCUCGUGUGGCUCUGGCCAGGGCGCUUUACUCGAAAGCUCCCCUGCUUCUCCUCGACGACGUCUUCUCGGCCCUUGACGCCAAGACGUCAGCUUUGCUCUGGGAACGCUGUUUCUGCUCUGACUUGCUCAAAGGACGGACGGUUGUUCUGGUGGCUCAGCAGCCUUGGGUUGCGGAACAAGCUGACAUCGCCGUGACCCUCGAGGACGGCGAGAUCAAGAACGUGGAGCAGAACCUUGGCAUUGUUCGUCAGCCAGUAGCUGUCGCGAAAGACAUCGAAGUUGAGGAGGGUACCUCGGAUUCUUCCGAUACCGAAGUCGAGACACAAACAGACCCGUUAAACGACAGGACCAAAGUCGCCGACGAUAAGAAAACUCAGGAUGUGGUGGCUCAGGAGAUGAAGAGCAGCGGCAAGAGCGGCCGUCUGAUGUUCUUCAAGUAUAUGAUCUACUUUGGCGGUCCGUGGUAUGCCCUGUUCUGCCUGUUCAUGAUGCUGCUAUCGCAAAUCGCAGUCAUGGCAGGAUCACUCUGGCUUUCCGUCUGGGUUGAAGCCUACAGCAGCAAAGUCGCCGUCGAUAUCGCCUUCUACCUCGGAAUCUACGCCGCCAUCACCGUGGCCGAGUCCGUCAUCUACGCAGGGGUAUUCCUGGUCUUUGAGAAUGGCGCCUGGCACGCCGCCCGCAAGCUGCACAACGACUUCAUCCGCGCCGUGAUGCGCGUGUCUCUCUCUUGGUACAAGAAGACCCCUGUCGGGCGCAUCAUCAACCGGUUCUCUAGCGACAUGUCGUCCCUCGACUUGACCGUCAGCCCUCAGCUCCGAGCCUUCCUCGAAAGCAGUAUGGCGUUGAUCAUCAGGAUCUUCGCCAUCAGCUCCAUCCUCCCAGUCUUUAUGCUGCCGGCCGCCGUCACCUGCUUCCUUGGCAUCAUCAUUGGUGAGAUGUACACCCGCACCGCGGUUACCAUCAAGCGCCUCGUGGCCUCGGCUCAAUCGCCCAUCUUCACCCAGUUUGCCGACACUUUGUCUGGGUUAGCUGUCAUCCGUGCCAGGAGUGGCAUGUCUGAUCAAUUUGGCCACAAUCUGGCUGACAAGUUGCGCGUGUGGUCUCGCGCGGCGGAGGCGAACUUCAACUGCAACCGCUGGGUAGCCAUGCGAGUGGACGUCGUCACGGCUUUGGUGGGGCUGAGCGCCGGUAUCAUCGCCGUCUCCAAGGCCGGCGUCGUCGCUGCUGGUCUCGUUGGCUUCUCCCUCAACAAUGCAACGGGUUUGAGUCAGACUAUCUUGAUGUUGGUGCGCAGCAUGAACGAUCUUGAGAUUGAGCUGCAAAGCUUUGGCCGCAUCAAGGAAUACGCUGGACUUGAGCCUGAGGAGAAGUCGGACGAGUCGUAUCCUGAAGAGGGCGAGUACACCGACGAGCCCACGCAUACUAUCCCGAAGAACUGGCCGGCGACGGGCGAGAUCGAGUUCCGCAAUGUCACGAUUCGAUACGACGAGAAUGGACCGAACAUUCUCACGGAUGUCAAUCUCAAGUUCAAGGCAGGGGAGAGAGUCGCUAUCAUUGGUCGUACAGGUAGCGGCAAAUCGACUCUGGUCCUGUCCCUCCUGCGCUUCACCCACAUCGUUUCAGGCCAAAUCCUCUACGACGGCAUCGACAUCACCAGGAUCCCGCGCCGCCGCCUGCGUGAGGCCCUAACCAUUAUUCCCCAAGAAGCCGUCCUCUUCAACGGCACCCUGCGCUCCAAUCUAGACCCAACCGGCGAGAUCGCCCCGCCAAUCCUCGAAAAAGCCCUCGAAUCCUGCCAGGGCAUCGCCUCGUUCCAGUACCAUUCCGAAUCCGACACCGACGACGCCGCCGCGGCCGCCGCGUCACCCGAUACAUCCACCCUCGCACUCACGACGACCGUCAACGCAAAGGGCGAGAACUUCUCCCACGGCCAACGCCAGGUCCUCUCGCUCUGCCGCGCGCUGGUGAGGGGCAGCCGGCUGAUGCUCCUCGACGAGGCGACGGCGAGUAUGGACUACGAGACGGACCGCGGCAUCCAGGCCGUGCUGAGACGGGAGGUCGACCAGGACCGCACGCUCGUCACGAUUGCGCACCGGCUGAGGACCAUCGCGGACUACGACACCGUCGUGGUCAUGGGCGCGGGACGGGUGGUCGAGGCGGGACGGCCUGGGGAUUUGUAUAGACGCAAGGGCGUGUUUUAUGAUAUGGUGUAUCAUAGUGGUGAGAAGGAUGAUCUGGAGGCGCUUUUUGCGGCCGAGAGGGAGUGA